AGACAUUGGGAACUGACAGCACCGAUGUGACUCUGCAGCGUUUAACGGAGGUGCAGGGGAGGGAAGGAAAGUUUUCUGGUCGUUUUCAAGGAACAUUUUUAAUUGUUUAAAAGUGACUCAACAAUGGCUAAGGACUUUCCAGCGAGAAGUCUCGAUAACAUUCAUCUUUCCUCUUUGCGGGACCCUGCAGGGAUAUUUGAGUUGGUCGAAGUGGUUGGCAAUGGGACCUAUGGUCAAGUCUAUAAGGGGCGUCAUGUCAAGACUGGGCAGCUGGCAGCGAUUAAGGUCAUGGACGUUACUGAAGAUGAAGAAGAAGAAAUCAAACUGGAAAUUAACAUGUUGAAGAAGUAUUCCCAUCACAGGAACAUUGCAACAUAUUAUGGCGCUUUCAUCAGAACAAAUCCUUCAAACCAAGAAGACCAACUCUGGCUGGUAAUGGAAUUCUGUGGAGCAGGCUCUGUGACUGAUUUGGUGAAGAAAACGAAAGGGAACUGCCUGAAAGAAGACUGGAUAGCUUACAUCUGUCGAGAGGUUCUUCGGGGUCUGGCCCACCUACAUUCCCACCAUGUUAUUCACCGUGACAUCAAAGGACAGAAUGUGUUAUUAACAGAGAAUGCAGAAGUAAAGUUGGUUGAUUUUGGGGUCAGUGCUCAACUGGACAGGACCAUGGAGAAACGGAAUACUUUCAUCGGUACACCCUACUGGAUGGCACCCGAAGUUAUAGCGUGUGACGAGAACGCAGAUUCCACAUACGACUACAGAAGUGAUGUGUGGUCAUUGGGAAUCACGGCGAUUGAAAUGGCAGAAGGAGCCCCUCCACUCUGCGAUAUGCAUCCAAUGAGAGCCCUUUUCCUCAUCCCGCGGAAUUCUCCACCCAAGUUGAAAUCAAAAAAAUGGUCGAAGAAGUUUAUUAAUUUUGUGGAAAACUGCCUGGUGAAGAAUCAUUUACAUCGAAGCACCACUGAAGCACUGUUAAAGCAUUCAUUCAUCCGUGAUCAGCAGAAUGAUCGGCAAGUUCGUAUUAUGCUGAAAGAUCAUAUUGACAGAACUAGAAAGAAGAAGGGUGAGAAAGAUGAAACAGAAUAUGAAUAUAGUGGAAGUGAGGAAGAUGAAGAUGGAUUGAAUGAAGAUGAAGGAGAGCCAAGUUCCAUUGUUAACCAGCCCGGGGAGUCGACUCUACGGCGAGAGUUCCUACGGCUACAGCAGGAGAACACAAACCGGGCAGCAGCUCAGCAACAGCAACAAGUGCUCCAACAGCAACUGCAGGAACAGGAGAAGUACAAGCAGCAACUACUGGCCGAGAGGCAGAAACGCAUCAAUCAGCAGAAGGAGCAAAGGAGGUGGCUGGAAGACCACCACAAAAGGGAACAGGAGCUGCGCAAACAGCAAGAAUGCGGGAAGAAAAAGCCAGAAGUGACGGAGAGAUACAGAAAAGAGCAAAAGAACGGAGGAGAAGAAGAAAGAAAAUGGGCAGAAGAGGAGAGAUGGAGGAUUGUGGAAGGGAAACGGAAAGUUGAACAGAAACAGAUGGAUGACCGAGCAGAGUCCAUGCUGAGUGAAAGCCCUAUAAUGAUGAAUGUACCUCAGCAGCAGGAUCUGCGAGAACAUAGAGGCAACCUUUCCAGUUCGGUUUCAUUAAGCGACAUGGUCCUAAUUCCAGCAUCUCUGGGACAAGACGAAGUAUUUUGGGACAAUGAGGAACCACCUCCUAAGGUUCCCGAAAGAACGGUCUCGAAAUCGUACAGCAGAGAACAAAUAAACAGUCAAGCCCAGCAGAAGAGUUCCUCCAGUAACUUUGAACUGCAGCCCCUGUGGGAGAGGGUGGAGAGCCCACCGGCCAAGCAAGUCAGAAGCAAUUUCCCUGGCAACAAUUCACAGGGUGGCAGCCGAAACAGUUCCCGUACUGUAUCAGCACCUUUACCCAACUCCUCCAGCCAAAGUGACAAGCAACUUAACAGACGAUGUGAAGAGAAACGGAGUUACCCACUAUCGAGGAACUAUGCUGAGGGGGUUACACCAACCAGGGGGAAGACUGGGAGUGGCCCUUUUGGAAAGGCAAUAGAAUAUUCCUCAUCGAGUGACGAAAUUGGUAGUACAGAUGAAGAGGAUGAUCUGAACUCUAACAGUGCGGCGCCUCUCCCGGUCAGAUCAAGGCAACCAACCAAGCUAAGUAAUGGACAGACAAAGUGUGCAAGUACAAGUGCAGCAGAUAGCAUUGAGUUGCAGCCUCAAAGCAUCUUGAACGAUGAAAAGAAGAUAGCAGGGCAGAAGUGUAGCAGACUGCAGGAACGUGCAGAUGGCCCCAGUGUGAUUCAGCGCCUCCCAGAUCUCCUCCAGCAAAGUCACUCGACAAACAUCUCAGCCAAUCAACAGGGAAUGGUGCAGAAUCCUCAGCCACUUCACAACAGCACGGCAACUAACCAGAGCGAAUCAGCUGAAAGUCUCCAGCCGAAAUGUAGUUCAUCGUCUUCCUCUUCCUUCACACCGUUCAUUGACCCCAGGCUCCUGCAGAUCUCCCCUUGUAGUCCUCCAGGUGCACUAGCAGCCAAUAAAACUGAGCCAAUCCGACGAGACAAUGCGAGAAAGGGAUCCGUCGUCAAUGUCAAUCCGACGAACAUACGUCCACAGAGCGACACUCCAGAAAUUCGCAAAUACAAGAAGAAAUUCAAUUCCGAGAUAUUAUGUGCUGCUUUAUGGGGUGUCAAUCUGCUGGUGGGCACAGAGAAUGGGCUUUGGUUAUUGGACCGGAGUGGACAAGGCAAAGUUUACUCACUAAUUACUCGAAGACGGUUCCAACAAAUGGACGUACUGGAAGGACUGAACGUACUCAUUACAAUAUCAGGGAAAAAGAACAAAUUGCGGGUUUACUAUCUGUCAUGGCUCAGAAACAAGAUUUUGCGCAAUGAUCCGGAAGUAGAGAAAAAGCAUGGCUGGGUCUCAGUUGGAGAUUUGGAAGGCUGUGUUCACUAUAAAGUUGUUAAGUAUGAAAGAAUAAAAUUCCUGGUGAUUGCUCUGAAGAAUUCUGUUGAAGUCUACGCGUGGGCUCCAAAACCGUACCACAAGUUUAUGGCAUUCAAGUCCUUUACAUCUCUCGCACACAAGCCACUGUCAGUGGACCUCACAAUUGAAGAAGGUCAGAGGUUAAAGGCAAUCUACGGAUCCACUUCGGGUUUUCAUGCCAUUGACGUUGACUCAGGAACAGUUUAUGACAUCUACCUGCCAACUCAUAUUCAGGGCAACAUUCACCCACAUGCAAUAAUCAUCCUUCCGAACACUAAUGGAAUGGAGCUGUUGGUUUGUUACGAGGAUGAAGGGGUCUACAUCGAUACUUAUGGUCGGAUCACAAAGGAGAUGGUCGUGCAGUGGGGGGAGAUGCCGACCUCAAUUGCCUAUAUCCAAUCAAAUCACAUAAUGGGAUGGGGAGAGAAGGCCAUCGAGCUCCGUUCUGUAGAAAAUGGGUGUCUUGACGGAGUGUUUAUGCACAAAAAGGCACAGAAACUGAAAUUCUUGUGUGAACGGAAUGACAAGGUGUUCUUUGCCUCUGCUCAGUCCGGUGGAUGCAGUCAGAUUUAUUUUAUGACACUUGGUCAGAACUCUCUGUUGAACUGGUAGCCUCCAGGAAUCUUGAAAACACUCUCUGGAAGUUGUGUUGCAAAGAAGUGACCAUCUUCAUAUAUUCCCAGUCCCAUUGACAUUCACUGUUCUCGAAUAAUUGUGGCAGUGUCAGUCAAGAGUUGACCUUCCAUCUAGAACCGAUGUCACAGUUGAGCAGAAGCUGUUGCCAAGUAUUAUGCCAAUGACCAAAACUAGU